UUCUACGUGGCAUAUUUAGUUUUCAAUACGUGGCAUCAAAUAGAAACAUUUUAUAAAACAAUUUCAAUAAGUGCGGACAUAAUUUAUUGUUUUAUAAGAAAAUGAUUCACGUUCUCAUUAUACUUGUUGUGCUCAAUGCUCCAUUGAUUUAUUCACUUGAGCUUGAGGAGAGUAUUACUGAACUGGCAAUUAAUAUAAGUAUUGACAACAUUGACAGAAAAUUCACUUUACAAUCAGCAAAAGGUUUCUUUGCUGGAAAAGAUACAAAAGUAUGGUUAGCUAAGAAAAAUGGGAAUACAUUUGAAUAUACUUUACAAAACGAUGUUAUGGAAGCAGUGAAUGCCAGCUUUCAUCUUUAUGAAAUAGCACCUAAAAAGAGUAAAGAAAAUGAUGAGGGAAAUUCGAAGUUUAAUAAAAAUCGUUAUACUCGUGAUGUUUCACCAAAAUCACGAAAGAAAUCUGCAAACAACAAUUUCAAGAAUCAUCACGUACUUUCCAAACGAGAAAUAACCGAACUAUCCAACGAGAAUAACUUACAUGUUUCUGAUAAACCCAAUGCCACGACAGAUGACCAGUCUUCAGAAGCACCAGAAAUAGUGUAUCCAGAAAUAUUAGUCUAUGUAGACAAAACUCUAUUUGAACAUUUUAAUAACGAUAUUGCCAAAACUGUUGCUUACACACUAAAUUUUUGGAACGGAGUUGAUCUGGAAUUUAGAGAUUUGGAAAAACCUUUAGUUCGUUUGAACAUUGCUGGAAUUAUUUUGUGUCAGGACCAAGUUAUACCGAUGAAUAAUUUCGUAAUAGAAGGUACAAGCUUAUUAAACUUUGCUCGAUUCAUGUAUAAUACUACUGAUCAGUUUGAAUUGAAAGAACACUACGAUUUUGCUGUUUUAUUGGGUACAAAUUACAACAGGAAUGUGUCUAUAAAUGAUGAUUCCAUUCAAGGAAUCUCAUAUGAAAAGCGUAUUUGUGAAAAGUCUGCUAAGUGUCUAGGAGUGACAUCCACAGCAAUUGUCACGGAUAAUACUGCAAUGUCUGGAAUUGAAGUGGCUGUACAUGAAUUGGCUAAUCUAUUUGGAGCUUUUUAUGAAGGUGAUGAUGAAGCUUUAAAAUCGACUAGACCAUGGAAAAAAAGUUGUAUGAUAAAGGACUUUGGUACAUAUCCCUUUUCUCAGUGCUCGAAAGAAAUGAUGUCGUAUUUCUUAAGUUCAAAAGAUGCCAGUUGCCUGUUUAAUAAUCCAGCUGUAAAUAGAACUGAUAAACAAUUGCUGAGAGUUUUACCUGGAAAAUAUGUAACAUACAAUGAACAGUGUCAAAAAUUAGGAUAUGAAAAAGCGUCUGCAGUGACUGUAAAUAUUUGCAAAAGUAUAAAAUGCUAUAACAGCUAUAAUUAUGAGGUUACAUCAAAGGCAGUAUUGGAAGGAACACCUUGUGCUAUAAAUAAAUACUGCCUUCAGAGAGACUGUGUAGUUGUAGAAUUUGACAAAAAUGCCGAUAACUCAGGUACAAAAUUACUAUUUCCAAGGUUUCACAUGCCUGGAACUAAUAAAUCUGCUGAAACACAAUGCAAGGAAAGAAAAAUGAAAAAUAUUCUUUCUUCAUACUUCGAUUCAUGUUUAGUUCAUUGUGAGUUUAGAAACAAUAAAGGCAAAAUUAGAGUACGAAAAAUAGAAGCCCAACUUGGAACCUUGUGCAAUGCUAAUGGCUUCUGUAAAAAUAUGACAUGUGUCCAAGAUACCGAUCCUGUUAUAUCUACUAUUAAAAUAAGUUCUGAUGAUUUAACAACAGAAAAGAAUGUUUCAAAUAUUCUGGGAGGAAAUGCAGCAAAUAAUGAUUCUUUUUCGAAGCAUUAUGCACAUGAUGAAGAUGAAAGUUGGAAAAGAGAUACGAAAAAACCAAAUGAUGAUGAGCCUGCGAAAGAGGUUAAUAGAAAUUCGGAUGAUUAUGAAAAAGAGAAUUUUUCGAAUAUCGGAGAAAUUAAAUAUGAUGAUAAUUCUUUUUGGAACCAUGGUGCAAAUUCUGGUGAUAAAGCUUUGAAAACUGCUAUAAAAGAGUAUCCUUCUAAAGUGGGAGAAAAUGCAGGAAAGGAUGUUGCAAAUUGGGGAGAAAAUACAGGAAAUGAUGUUGUAAAUUGGGGAGAAAAUGCAGGAAAGGAUGUUGUAAAUUGGGGAGAAAAUGCAGGAAAGGAUGUUGUAAAUUGGGGAGAAAAUGCAGGAAAGGAUGUUGCAAAUUGGGGAGAAAAUGCAGGAAAGGAUGUUGUAAAUUGGGGAGAAAAUGCAGGAAAGGAUGUUGCAAAUUGGGGAGAAAAUGCAGGAAAGGAUGUUGCAAAUUGGGGAGAAAAUGCAGGAAAGGAUGUUGCAAAUUGGGGAGAAAAUGCAGGAAAGGAUGUUGUAAAUUGGGGAGAAAAUGCAGGAAAGGAUGUUGCAAAUUGGGGAGAAAAUGCAGGAAAUGAUGUUGUAAAUUGGGGAGAAAAUGCAGGAAAGGAUGUUGUAAAUUGGGGAGAAAAUGCAGGAAAGGAUGUUGCAAAUUGGGGAGAAAAUGCAGGAAAGGAUGUUGCAAAUUGGGGAGAAAAUGCAGGAAAGGAUGUUGUAAAUUGGGGAGAAAAUGCAGGAAAGGAUGUUGCAAAUUGGGGAGAAAAUGCAGGAAAGGAUGUUGUAAAUUGGGGAGAAAAUGUUAAAAAUAAAUUGGGUGACUUUGGAAAUUAUUUAAAUUUUGGUUAAACAAAUUGUUGGCUCUUAUAUAUUUUAAUUAAUUCUGUGCAAUUUCGAAGCUUUCAAUUAGUUUUCUAAUAAUGAAUGUACAAUAAAAAAUCGUUCUAAAUAAAAUAAUUAAAUUCAAAGUGUA